AACCAAUCUCGAUGAAUAUCCUCUAGGAAGUUUUUCAAAUACUUUGAAAUUUGUAGUUAAGGAUUGUGAUCCUACUACUGGCGAACCCAGUGAAGAAGGUUACGAAGAUGAAUAUCUGGUUGAAGAUGUUGAGUUAGUGACUGGGGACUACGUCCUCCCUACAUACAUAUCUGAUUUCCAAGGUGCCUGGGACAAGCUUGGUGAAGAUGGUCAAGUAGUCGAGACAUUUGCCUUGACUGCAGCAAAGAGUUUGAAAGCUGCCUGUACAACUCUAAUUGAACUUCUUGGAAUGAGUGCUGUCGAAAACACUGGGACACCACAAUCAUCAAGUGUACAUACUCUUUUACUUUCUGGUAUAUGUUUAGGCGGAGUGGAAGUUCUUGCCAAAA